AUGGAUGAUAAAAAUUUCCAUCGUGCCCUUGCCGUUCCUCCUUUGCCCGGAUACAAUACCAAGCCACCGGUUAAAAGAGAUAAUUUCCAUAUAAGUCAACUGUUUGACAAAAUUCACGACGGAGUUUACUAUUUAACUGAACGUUCAAGCAUCAAUCAGAUCCGCGAUCCUUCGAUUUAUCCAUACGAUGAUGAGACACGAAUUCCCCCGUGGCUUGCCUACGAUGGGCAAAGGCUCAUGUUCAAAGCAUUUUUCCAAGAGACUGUUCAAGAACGACGUGAAUCCGGUCGUCAAAUUCGCGUGGUGACGAUCAGCUUUUUUUUGGAAGAUGGAACAAUGAAAAUCGUCGAGCCUUCGAUUAGUAAUAGCGGAUUGGAACAAGGAGUUUUAGUAAGACGUCAAAGAAUACCGAUGCCCGACCCUGUAAAGUACCGAUUUUACGAUAUAAUUGAUUUAAAUAUCGGAAAAGAGCCUGAAAUAUUCGGCCGCGUCUACAAGAUUGUCGACUGCGAUAAAUUUACCCGAAGAUUUUUAAACCGUAUGGGCAUUGCAGUACCGGAUCCAAUACAAGUCCCAUCAGAUCCUUGCGAUGAUAACCGGAGUAUCAAAGUAUUUCCAAAGAAGCCCAACAGAAAGCCCGACAGUCUCGGGAAGUUUUUAAAGUACGACCGCAAGGUUCUUAAAUUUACCGGGUACUGGGACGACACUGCCAGCGAGUACGGAGUCAUUCAUGAUCUAGAAUUGCGAUACUAUCUCGCUGAUGACACGAUUGAAAUAAAGGAAAUAUUGCCGAGCAAGUCGGCACGAGACGUGAGCUCGAUGUUUAUUAAACGCAUGAAAAUACCAAAGUUUUACUCGGGCAUAGAUCCGAUAGGUGCUAAUGAUCCUUUCACGGUAUUAAAUGUACUCGGGGAUAGUACUGAGCAGAGUUACUUGAUUGCUGACUCAUUGAACACCGGCAAGCUGUCCAACGAGUACUACAAAGACAGCGAUCUAGCCAUUGGUGUUAGGAUCAAUGUGUUCGGUCGUGAAGUCGUCAUUACUGACCUUGAUCCUGCGACGAGAGAGUAUUAUAGAACCAAGUAUGGCAUAGAAGAAUUCAAACCGCUUGAACGACCGGAUACAAUGCACGAUUACUAUUGCCCGAGUGCCGAAAAAUACAAGCCGCCGCCGUACAAUGGCUUUGGCUCUUAUGAUGAUUCGCUGGGUAACUGCUUUAGGGUCGUUCCCAAACCACCCAAACUUGACUACGUGAGACUAUUCUCAUACGAUAAGCAAGAAAAAGACAGCCAUGUUUUAAGAUUUUGUGGAAAAAUGAUAUCAGAUGUACCCGAAAAUUCAGCUCGUGUGUUUGUUAUCAGCGUUUAUUUACAAGACAACACGAUAUCAAUUUUUGAAUUGGCGCCUAAAAAUACUGGGUUCCAGCAGUGUUACUUUCAGAAGCGUAUGAAAGUGAUGCUUCCGGAACAAGAAAUUUAUUCAAGUGAUAAACCGCGAUUUUAUGAUCCCUGUUCUUUUUACGUCGGAGCACGUCUGAACCUUGGAAAAUUUAUCUUUGAAAUAACUUCAGCCGACGACUACGCCAUCCGCUACAUGGAGAAUAAUUGUGAAAAGUUUCCCAAAGCUAAUACCAUUUUAAUUAUUGAUAAAAUCCGAGACGCUCUUAAGCCUGUUUACGCGCAAUUUAUUCAAGAAUUUCGACCAAUUACUCAAGUAUCUGGUGCUCUUGUACUCUCUUACGAUAAAUUGAGAGAGGCUUUGUAUAAGUAUCUGGGUAAUAAUAUAGUAGAACACGAAAUAAUAACAAUAGCAAGACACUACGCGAUGAAAGAAAAACCUGAACGUGAUUUACGAGAAGACAUCAGGCGCUUGAUCCAUAAUGAGCUCAAGAGAUUUUUGUGGGAUGACUUGGAUCGUCUUGAGGAGGAUAUUAAGCACUGGGACCCUGCAGGUAUAGGUUUUUUACCUCGCAGUAAAGUCUAUACGAUUUUACGCGGCUGUAGAAUUCCUGUAGACCCAAAACUUAUUGACGCGAUGCUUGAUCGAAUUAAUAAAAACGAACAAGGAGACAUAGAUUGCAAAGACUUAAUACAGUACUUGGAUGUUAAAGUAAAUCCAGUUGCUCCAAUUGAGCCGAUGUCUUUGAAAACUUCGCUCCGGUGGGCUUCUGAAGACAAAGAUUACUGUCCUGGAUUGGAUUGGUGCAAAUUUUUAACUGACCUUAAUAUAAGCGAAGAUAAUCCUGUUUCCGCCAUAGCAGACAGUCGAUAA